UCCUCCCCCACUCCUCGGGCUCAGCCCCAAGCCCUGGGAGCCGUAGCAAUGACGGCGCGCGGCACCCCGAGCCGCUUCCUGACCAGUGUUCUCCACAACGGCAUGGGUCGCUACGUGCAGCAGCUGCAGCGGCUCAGCUUUAGCCUCAGCCGCGACGGGCCCUCGUCCCGCGGCGCCAGGGAGUUCGUGGAAAGGGAGGUGACCGACUUCGCCCGCCGAAACCCGGGGGUCGUAAUAUAUGUGAACGCGAGGCCGUGCAGUGUGCCCAGAGUAGUGGCUGAAUACCUUAACGGGGCACUGCGCGAGGAGAGUAUCCAUUGCAAGUCGGUAGAGGAGAUCGCGACACUCGUACAGAAGCUGGCGGACCAGUCAGGCUUAGACGUGAUCCGCAUCCGCAAGCCCUUCCACACUGACAACCCUAGCAUCCAGGGCCAGUGGCACCCCUUCACCAACAAACCGACAACGUUGGGCGCGCUACGUCCCCGAGAGAUCCAGGAUCCUGCCCCAGCCCAGGGCAAGCGCAGUGAAGAGAUGCUCUACCAACUCCGAUCCUAGGCUUUGGACCCUUUCUCCAGUAGAGGAAGUUAUUCCUCUUGUAGUUCAGGGGAUUCCAAGCCCAGGCAGGGUGAUGGUGCCCACCAAAGAA